AUGCACGGAUCCAACAAAACCAAUGACGAGUCCAGCAUGGCCUCGGCGAAGGCCGAGACGGCCAGCACCACGGCCGGCAGCACGAAGAAACACAGGAAGCACAAGUCGCGCGACUGGAAGCGCCAGCGCCCACAGCCCGGCGAGGAGGGAGGAAAGAGUCCCGACUGGGCCGAGUCCGACACGGAGAGCAGCGGCCGCUCCCGGAAGCGGUCGAAGAAGAAACGCGACUCUCGCGACGACGACAGCUCGAGGGAAAAGCCGAAGACUCCGAAAGAGGUCCCUGCUUCAGCCGCCGCUUGUCCGAAGCCGCAAGAUGGCGCCUCCGCGACGCUACCCUCUUCUCGCACCGACCAGAUCCCAGUGGUACCGGCUCCGCAACAGGCUCCUGCAUUUGAUCAACCUACUCCUGCUCCGACUCAUGUUCAGUCUCUGAUUCAAGCUAAACAUCCGACUUGGACUGAGCCUCCGAUUCGAGCUGAGCCUCCGAUCGAGCCUGAACCUCCGAUCCGGGCUGAGCCUCCGUUCUGGGCUGAGCCUCCGUUCCGGGCUGAGCCUCCCUUCCGGGCUGAGCCUUCGAUCUCGGCUGAGCCUCCGGCUCAGAAAAAUGACGCUGCUGUACCGGACACCGAAGAGAGAAAACCAGAUGGCACCUUUCUGGUGUCCACAGUUGCCUGCGUCGCAAUCAUCGUGGGCUUCGUCGUGGCCUUGGUGGGUAUCUUUCUUAGAGUGAAGAUGUCGGCCACUGAACAUGGCUGCCCGCCGACGAACAAGCCACUCGCAGAGGGCAACGUCAUGGUUGAGACCAGAGGGGGCCGGCUAGUCGGCAGCAGGGUGACCGUGUACGGCGUGGCUGUGGCGCGCUUCCUGGGCAUCCCGUUCGCCCAGAGCACGGCGGGCAUUCGUCGCUUCUCGUCGCCGCUGCCUCUGGGUGCCCAAAACCCGUGCGAAGUGCGGGAGUGCCUCGAACCGCGCCCACCGUGCGCCCAGUGGAGCAACGGCAGCGUGCUCGGCUCCGAGGACUGCCUGCACGUGAACGUGUGGACGCCGGCUGCCGCAAUCGGAGGCAGCGGUAGUAGCGGAGGACGGGUCUUGGUGGUGGCGGUCUCCGGAAAGUGGUUCGAAACGGGCUCCAACGACGACCCCGACUGGCCGAUGCUGGCCGCCAAGGGAGACGUGGUGGUGGUGGCGCCCAACCACCGACAAGGCGUGCUGGGCUUUCUGCACCCGCCGUCUGUCGCCGGCCUGGACAAGGACGUCGCCGUUGAUGACGUUGUGAGUGCAGUGCAGUGGGCGCGCGACCACGCGAAAGCCUUCGGUGCUGACCCGAACCAGCUCGCGCUUGUCGGUCGCGGAACGGGCAGCUACCUGCUCUCUGCUGCCGCACGCAACAUGGAUAACAACGCUGUGCGCCGAGCGUUCUACCAUGGCCCAGUCUACGGAUCUUUUCUGCCCUUCGAUACGCGUGAUGGUAACGCUUCUACGCCGGAAGCACUGAUGGAGUUCGCGUUCAACACGUUCAACGCUCCCCUGGUCGUGAAGUCUUUCCUCAAGCGGCAGUUCAAAGCGGACUCGGUGGAGGACGUCGCCAACGGCAUUUCGAUGGCGAUCUCCACGUGCGCCACGCUGAAGGUGGCCAAGGCGGUGGCCGAGGGCUACCACUACCGGCUGGACUCGGCCGUCGCCAGCGGGCUCCUGCGGCCGCCGCUGGGCAUCGGCCAGGUGGCGCAGUUCGCAGCACACGGCACGGUGCCUCCAGUGGCCGACACCAGUCCGUGGCCCCCGCUCGGGAAGCUGUCCAAGACGCGAGUGGUCAGCGCGGACGGCCGCGACAAUUUCACCAGCUACUUUGCUCAGUGCACAUUAUAGUGCCGCAUAUCAAUGACUAGUUUAUUGUACUACAAAAAGAAAUAUGAAGAAGGGACGAUAAACCUUACUUUUGCAGCAGUGUUGUUUGGUCUGUCUGAUCGCCCUUCGAAUGCAGGAUGUCCCACCGAAAAAACAGCUCCAAAAUUUUCAUGUCGAGUCGUUAAAUACAGCCGUACAUCAAAGAAAGCAUGCGGAACUGCGGUUCCCAUGCACUGUGCAAGAUGACGAUG